AGCUUAGUAAUUGGUGAGCAGUAAGUAUAUCACAGUCAGACAUUGGCCUAAGAGGUGAUACUCACGACUGCGAUUUUUAAGUUUUGAUACCCGGAAGAUAUUCUCUGCCUAGUGGAUUAUUGCACGUCGACGCACAAUCUGUACGCGUUAGAAUCGUCACCCGUACCUUAGGCCUGAACUUUAGAGCUUCUUCAACGAAUAUCGAAGAUGAUGUACGAGAAUGACGAUAUACUAAGCCGACAGGCUAGGGCCUUUGCAAUGAAUGGAAUGGUUCCCCCUCCUCCACCUCGCAGUUUUACUUACCCCAGUAUUUCAAUGCACCAGCCAACUCCGAAUUUUACAGAUCAUGGAGCACAUUUUGGCGAUUUCUCUCCGCUGUCGGCUUCAAGCAUGGAUCCAGGGCGGUCGAUGCAUCAGAUGAUGUCGACGACAGCACCCCGUCCGCCUGACCUGGGCAUCCCAUCAAUGCCAAGUAAAGAUAUCAAAGUUACGCUUGAAAAUCGCGAUUUAUGGAAGAAGUUUCAUUCCAUCGGAACCGAGAUGAUCAUUACAAAAGCUGGAAGACGAAUGUUUCCAACAUUUCGGGUGAGCAUUUCGGGAAUGGACCCGCACGCUAAGUACAUUCUGCUCAUGGAUAUUGUCCCAGUAGACGACACGCGGUAUAAAUACCACAAUUCAGAAUGGGUGGUGACUGGUAAAGCCGAGCCCCACAUGCCCGGCCGGCUGUACAUCCACCCAGACUCACCUGCUACCGGUGCCGUCUGGAUGAAACAAGUUGUGGCCUUCAGUAAGAUGAAGCUUACAAAUAAUAACUUGGACCAACAUGGACAUAUCAUCUUAAAUUCGAUGCACAAGUAUCAACCUCGUUUCCAUGUUGUUCAAGCGAAUGACGUAUUCAGUCUGCGUUGGAAUUCCUUUUCCACUUACGCGUUUCCUGAAACCACCUUCAUUGCCGUCACAGCCUACCAGAAUGAAAAGAUAACACAGCUGAAAAUUGAUCAUAAUCCGUUUGCGAAAGGCUUCAGAGACAACGGCAUGGCUAGAAGGGAGUCGCGGUUAGCAAUGAAACGAUCAUCAUCUACAAUUACUGACAGUGGAGACGAGUCCAAAGACAUGACUGACGAGGAACAGAUUUCAACUGAUAAUAUCAUCAUAAAGAUUAAGAAAGAGAAAUUAAAUGAAUCAAAGUCGUCAAUAAACUCACUGGAUGAUAACCAGAAUUCAACAAAUUCAAUUACAACGGACUUAAACCAAAACGGUGUGCGGAGUCCUCUCGCAGACGAUUCUGUGUUAUUCGGCUGUUCAGGACUCGACGCAGACGAGACGCCGAUGCGUAAUAACGCUUCGAAUCCGGACAAUAUUCGGUCAAGGAUUGACGGCAGAGAUGAAGAGAACGACGACACGAUCGGAAAAGGAAAUUCGUCAAUUAAUCAAACAAUGCAAAAAGCAAGGCAUAGUAUGUCAAGCCCAAGUGGGAUGGUGAACACUUCAAUGGGACAAUGUGAUUAUAAUCAGCAAGGCAAUGGGGACGGCGGUGUCGUUGACCAGAUCUUUUCACAGGAUUCCGGCCUAGAGGACGAAUCGUCGCUAAGCUCGGUUCAACCAGCGACGGCGUUGGCGGUUGCCCAAAUGGCGAAAGAACCACAUGAAUGUAACUCUCGCCUGUCCAUGUCCAGUCUUCGACAAAAUCAGUGUAUGAUGCAAGGAAUGAAUCAGGCUUUCCAAUCGUCCUCCGGAAUGUAUAUGCAAUGUUCUGAGCCUAGGCAACAUGUUAUGCCCUCAUCCUUGUACAGUCACGGUAGCUACUCGCACACACCGCCGUCGUCUUUCACACAUAUGCACAUGCAGCCAGCACACGCGAGACACAUGCAGCCGAGUAUACCGACUUGUUCGACGAUGUCGUCGUUACAUGCGUCACAAUUCUUGCACGGGGGACACACUACUAUGGCAGACCAGAUGAACAUGAACUUGCACAUGGCGGGGCACUUCCCCGGACAUGGUGUUAAAUUUCCUGUUUAAAAAAAAACACGACGAAAAAAACAAAAACAAAAACAAAAAAACCCC